AUGGCCCCGCACAAGACCACCGUAGUAUUGGCAAGACCACCCAAAACGAUUUCAGAAGCUAUAUGGGAUAUGAGAACCAAGGAAUUCAUGGAGAGUAUGAAAAAGAGGCGAUUAACCGGAGCGAAACCGACACCGUACGAAGACAAAAUAGAGAAGGAAUACUGGGCGGAAUUUAAAGCACGAGAAUUGCUUGCAGACCGGGAGGAAGCAGAUGAAAAGUUGGAGAAGGAGGUCAGAAAAAUGCAAAAAGCAAAGAGGAGGGCUCGGUGGGAGGCUAGGUGUUCAACCCUGGUCAAGACGUUGUCAGCGUUGAAAAGGCUGGUGCUCAUGAGAAAGAAAACACCAGCCUGGAAGCCUUUGGAACCAGUAUAUGACUCCCUCGGUAGGACAACAUUACGGCCAUGGGAGCUUAGCACCCAGCCAACGAGUUCCUCGGCGUACAGAUCCUCUCCGAGUGUCACAUCUAGAGUAUCUCCCGCAUAUCGAACGACAUCAUCAACCCGAAACAGCUACAAACCUCCCAGUCCCAAACUUCGCCCACAACCACGCACUCCUACACAACGCAGUACUGCACAACGCGCUCCUGCACAACGCACUCCUGCACAAAGUACUACUACAACGACUGGCAAUCCUAUGAGCGUGUGGGAUGAACGAUGGCCUGAUCCUCUCCUCCAAAUGGGCAUACUUAUGUCACUGAGGGAAAAUCGAUAUUGA